AUGGGUCGCGGGAGAGGGAGAGGACGAGGGCGGCCACGUUUGGUGCCACCGUCAACAACCAACCCUACGGCGGCCAUCUCAGAUCAGCAAGCCACGGAAAAAGAAACUAUUGUGGACGAUGCAGUGCGAAAUGAUUCAGAGGAAAAUGGAAGCCUGGCGGAGGAGAACGAAGAAAUUGUUUCUGAUACAGAAAAUCUAGGUCAUCACAUAACUGAAGUAAGAAUGGAGGGGGAAACUAGCUAG